AUGGUCUCAAGUCAGGGCGCCUCUUACCUCAUCGCCUCCGAUAUGGCUCUCAGCCGAAAGGCAGAUAGUCCCAUCCUGAAAUCCUGACUCAGCUUCAAGAACUCGCAAUGGGUGGAUUGUAGCCUACAAAAGUGCAGUCGGGGCAUUGGUCCCAUUGCUUGUCGCCGGUGUUGCGCUGCAAAUAGAAGUCGCAAGCGCACUGCGUCGCGUUAGGGAGCAGUUCAAAGCUGGAUCCGUCCCUGCCGGUAAUGCAUGCUGCAGAUUUGUGCAGGUCGGCAUGGACGCUUGA